UAGAGUUUGAAUGUUAAAAGCGUCCAGUUUGAAAAUCAAAUGCCAUAAACAUUCCAAACAGGUAAACAAAAACUGGUAAACAAAAACAGUCUAAGAAUUAGAUAGGAUCUUAAUCAAGUGAAGAAUUUGUUUAUGUUAGAGAUAUCUUUCAGCUUCUGAGUUUAACAGUCCAUGAAGUUGGGCCAAUGUAUUUAAAGCAGAAUUUGAUUGGAUUAAAUUACAUAUAUGACUUACCUGAUAUCAGGUACACAUGACACCUUCUAUCGUACAGACUUCUAAAGAAGAUUACACGAUCGGCUGAUUUACCACAACAAACUUCGUUUUACACCAAAAAACACUCAAAAGUGAAAUAGUGCUAGUUUGAUGCGAUGUUACAAAUUAUGAGACAAGUGGUUUGUUCAUUAGUUCUGGUGACAGUGAUAAGUGUGAAGGCCAGGGGAGGAUAUGUUGUUGAAGAAAAAAUGCCAAAUCGUACACAGAAACACUUUGAGUUGAAGUGGGGACCGCAUCAACCGUUUGUUCUAAUGAUGUAUCAACAGACUACGUUCAAUGUAGAAUAUACCUUGUAUUGUAAUCACAGUAGCGAAAAAUACCGAUUAAGAAUAUUUAGUAAAGGAGAAAAGGUAUUCACCGUCAGACAAACGGACAGCACAAUCAUUUCCUGUGGAAAUGCUACUGAAAUUUUGGUAAACGUUACAGACGGACCACAUGGUUUCCCCAUGGACAAAGGUGCAUCUACAGCCUCCCCACUUUAUCACGUGAUUCAUCGCAAAGGCAUUCGAGGAAAUUUAACCUUUAACCUUUACGGGGAACUCAUAGGACGGACAUUUCUGGCCUUUGAACUGCGUAAGAUAGAAAAUAUGCAACACAACGAGUCUGUUGAAGACUAUAGCAUGUAUCAUGUUGUUGUCUUUAGAAAACUGGGAGUGUUUGAUACGAUUUUCCGUAUCGUUAUUUACAUUUUCUUAGUUUUCAUAACCUUGGCCUUUGGAUGUAAGCUGGACCUUGAGGUGGUUAAGGAGAACUUGCGGCGUCCUGUUGCUCCAGCGAUCGGAAUCGGAUGUCAGUAUAUCCUAAUGCCAUUGAUUGCAUUUGGCAUUGCAAAGCUGGUAAUUCCAGAAGAUCAUGCCAUGGGUCUGGGGAUUUUCAUUUCCGGUGCGUGUCCAGGUGGCGGAGUUAGCAAUAUAUACUCUCAUCUACUGGAUGGGGAUCUGUCACUCUCAAUCACUAUGACAACCAUCAGUACAAUUGCAGCCUUAGCAAUGAUGCCGCUGUGGAUCUACACGCUAGGUCAAGUUUUCAUUAAGGAACUUAGUACUGACACGACCAUGAACAUACCCUUCCUGAACAUUUUCACAACCCUGGUGGUUUUGGUCGUGCCAUUACUAGUAGGGGUCUUCAUUAAGUACAAGUUACCACGUCUUACUAAGAUCCUGAUGAAGAUCAUCACCCCCGUCACAAUCAUCGCCAUCAUCAUCCUCUUAUCAGUGGGCAUCUACACAAACUUGUUUAUCUUUAAGUUCUUUGAGCCUAAAGUCAUACUUGCUGGUGCUUUACUUCCGUACUGUGGUUAUGUGCUGUCAGGAAUUAUUUGUCUGAUUCUGCGUCAGUCGUGGACCAAGGUUAAAACAAUCAUUAUUGAGACUGGGAUUCAGAACCAGGGUAUCGCUAUUCUACUUAUGUUCACGGCUUUCCCGCCACCGGAUGGUGAAAUUGCGGCCGUGGCACCCAUAGCGUCAGGAGUAAUGACACCCUUACCUCUCUUCGUGAUAACCAUUUUCUAUCUUAUCUACAAACGAUGUAAUCGGGAUAAGUAUGCCAAUAUACCCAAAGAGGACGUGUCGAAAAGGGGCGAUAUAACAUUGGCUGUGAAUGGCGAUAAAACUGUUAUCAAUGGCAAAAUGGAAGAGAAACCUCUCCGAAACGACGAAGAUUAAAAUUGUCAAUGCCGUACCUUGUUUGACAAAAUAUGCAUCUCGGUCACAUCCGUAUUUUGGUUUUCAGCUUUUAAGUAAUGUUUCAAAAUUUUCAAUAUUUUUGUUAGGUUUGAAAUGUCACAGUGCAUGACAUGAUAUUUAAUUCUUUAAUUUUUACUGCUAUUUUUACGUAUAUUGUAAAAUCAUAUGGGCACUGACAUACUCAGACAG